UCCAGGCCCGGCAACCCCGGUCGUCAUCACCCGGAGCAGAACUAACCCUCCCCACUCCGCCCCUGAUUCCUGGACUGGAAGAAGCCAUGUCGUCGGGCCUCUCCGGUGUUGUCGUCUUGGCUUUAUGUGUAAUUUUCUGCUCGUACGCGUCAGCCGAUGACAAGGACUGCCAGGCAUACAGAGACCUCUCCAGCACCUACCAUUACUCCAGACGAUGCUACAUAGGCUUCUGCUGUGGCACCUGCAAUAAUCGAUACUGCUGCACCGACUCAGCCUGGCGACUUUCAGAGGAUCGGCAAGACGAAUGCGAAUCCCUGUCAGACAUGGGUGAAACGUUGCCUAUGAUCUUUGGAGUGGCGUUUGUUAUUGUGCUUUUGCUCAUCUUCAUCUGCUGCUGCGUCUGUCCCUGCUGCUGCCUCUACAAGAUUUGCCACAAGCCACGACCUGUGAUUGCCACCACCACCCACACCACAGUGGUGACCUCCACCCCUCAGCAGUACCCCCAGCAGCCUGUGGCGGUGCACGCGCCCCCCCAGCAGUACCCGGGGGGGCAGUACCAGCCUCCCUACCAGUCCAUCCCGGUGCAGCCCGGCUACCCAGCCCAGCCUUCAGCCUACCACGGCCAGCCGUACGGAGCAGGACCUCCACCAACGUACCAGGAAGCCAUCGGUCCUAUGUAUCCCUCCCAUCCGGCGCCUUACAGCCAGGCGGCGUUCGGCCCCGGGCAGCCUCCCUACCCCUUACAGCCCGCCGCCAAGCCGCAGGCCAACGCUCCCCCCGCCGGCCCGGACUUCCUGGCUCAGCCCGCCUACAACCCGGACUACGUGGCUCCGCCACACCAGACCGGAUAGAGGACGGAGGAGCUGCUCUCCGCUUCAGACGUGCUGCCGCAUUUUUCAACUUGGCAAAACUGGAAAUCUGCUUUUGGACUCAAGAUGAGAAAUUCCAGAUUGUCUCGAUCAGUAGUUUGUUUUUGCUUUUGAGGUAAAACAUGAUGUUCCUGCAGCAGCAGCACACCUGAAGCUGAGUGGAAACAUGUCGACACCUUCCAGCCUGUAUUGCAUGGACAGAUCAUUUCCACAGACCAGCUGAUGUGGUCUUCUUUCUGUCAUCUGGAGCUUCUUAUUGACUUUAUUUCAGUCAUGAAAAGUGCUCUGUCAUUUCUCAGCCUUCUAAACGCGCCAUGAAGCCAACUUGUAUGCCUUUAAUAUCCUCCUCUCAACCUUCCAGACCUCUUUAUUCCCAUAAAGUGACUGAAACUGGCCUCAGUGGUCCAGCUGCCUUUCCAGUCCACCAAGUGCUUCUUUUUAUUAUCUUCUAAUGUUUGAUUGUUUAGUCCCUCUAUGCCACUUUGUAAAACGUAGACGUGUUUUCAGGAGGAUUCAUGCUGGAAAGGAGUUGAGUUAGUGUCUUCGAGUCAGCAGCCAACAAAAGGGAAAACCAACAUGUCAAAGGUCUCGAAACUUCAUGUAGAUCAGGUUUACAUUUCUGUGUUCAUCAGGUAAUUUUAAACCAAAGGAAAUACUUUGUUUUUCUCCAAGAACCAAACUUUCAAAGACAAACGUACAACAUAUGAAAUGCAAGAUUCAGUUGUGCCUUUUUCGUCUUUUACUCCGUGUGCUCAUGUGUAGAGUACAAGAGCCUCUUCAGUGUUUUCAGCAGAAAUAGUUUUCUUUUCAGAUCUCAGUCUUCAUCAAGUCAUCGCAGCCUUUUCUCCUUUCAAAUCAGAAACUGCAUGUUGUGAAUGGUUGAAGUAGCUUUUUUCAUCCUCACUGAAAUGUUGUUUUUCUUGUGCCACUCGAGGAUUCCUUCACAUAGCUCUAAAAGAAACCAGGAAAAGCCAUCACCUCUGUAUUUUACUGAAAAACUACUUGAAAGUUUUAACAGUGGGCUCCUUCAUGUGAGCCACCUUAACCGUAUUACGGAUGAUUUUCCUGGAAUUUGGAGAGAAGCGACUGUUCGUGCCUUUUUGAACGAUGCGCUUGCACCAGACCAUCUCACCUACUCACCUGAGUGAGCGUACAUGAGCUCAUACUGCUUACCUGUGCGUGCACGCCGCUGUCAUCAUCACAGACUUUACUGCAGAUGGGGUGAAAUCCGCACAACACUGAGUGGUUGAAAGCGGCAUGCGCAGCCAACAGAGCUCGCCAGGUGCAGCAGACUGAACGUCUUUACUUCAGCGCCUUCACUAGGUUGACUGACAUGGUGGGGAGCCAACAGUUGGGAUGAUCCACCCGGAAAGCCACUGAAAGAAAAAUCCUACAUACCACCUCUAAAUUGCAGAAGUAGAGUCACACAAUGUGUAUUGUUGACCUUUUCUGACUUUUAAGCUUCAUUUGUUUCAGAAACGUAUAGUAAAUAUCGAAUUGUGGCACUUUGGGGAUUUCCGUCUGCUUCCUGUUACUGUAGCGCGUAAAGUGUCUUUUUGUUGGACGUGUCUGUGCAGUGAGACGCUUUGCAGGAGUCCUUUCUGUUCCAUGGUGUCCUGUCUGUCACUUCACUGUUCUUAUUUAUGUGUGGAUUCUAGUUCUGGAUGUGCUUUGUUGGAAAAACACACUGGCACAGAUUUAUUCCUCUUUCUGUUUGUCAUCUGAGAAUAAUUGUUAUUGUGAAGAAUAAAAGCCACCACUUGUUUUGCAGAGAUCAAUAAAGUAUAUAUUUUUUGUUUUUCUCAA